AUGAUCGUGCUGUUUUGGAACAUUAGGGGAGUAGGGAACAAGCCUACUCAGAGUAUGGAAAAGGUAGAUGUGGUGGCGAUUGUAGAGCCUAAGAUUCAGUUUUCUAAAGCGGCUCGUAUCAUGAGGAGGUUGGGUAUGGAGUCUGUUUGCUCCAAUGGUGGGGAGAAUGGCGACCGUAUAUGGGUUUUUUGGAAGAGUUCUUGCCAGGUCAGGGUGGUUAAGGAGCAUGUACAGUAUGUUUCGUUGGAAUGUACAUUGCAUGGCUCGCACGUAUUCAUGCUCACUUUUGUUCACGCUUUUUGUAUGUCGGGGGAGCAACGACAGCUUUGGACGGAUUUAUUGGGGGACGUGCACAACUCAAACCUUCCAUGGGCAAUUGGAGGUGACUUUAACGCCAUUUUGGACCCCUCUGAAAAGGUUGGGGGGAGGGAGGCUUGCUCCGCUUCAUUUGAGGAGUCCGGGAAUUUCGUUAACGCGGCAGGUUUGGUUGAUGGGGGAUUUCUUGUCAACUCUUUUACUUGGUCCAAUAAUCAAUGUGGAGGGGGAAAAGUGGUGGCACGCCUGGAUUGCUAUUUUUUUAAUGGCGCCUGGACAGAUCUCUUCAUGGGGGAUCGGAACACUAAAUUUUUCCACUCCAUGGUCAAGGUCCGCAAGCUGCGACGUGGUGUGGAAAAAAUAAAGGAUGAGCAGGGCAGUUGGCUUUCCGAUCCACAGGACAUAUCUGAUGAGACGGUAAGGUAUUUGUCUAACAUGUUUGCUUCUCAAAAUUGCCAACAGGAUGAGGACCUGCUUAUGUACAUCCCCUCCUUAGUGACGGUUGUGGAGAAUGAGAAGCUUAUGGCGCUCCCAUCUAUGGAGGAGGUUAGGGCGGUUGUUUUUGAUCUCUCUACAGAUAGUGCCCCGGGACCGGAUGGGUUCAUUGGCUAUUUUUUACGGGCUGCUAGAACAUCAUAG